AUGGAGCACACAGACGCUUCUGAGCUGUACAGCUCUGAGGAUGAGAGUGUCUCUCUGUCUGGAAGUGACUUUGAGUUCCAGUUGAAAACCUCCAAAAGAAAACUGACCACAACAGGACAGGGAACAUCGUUUUCUAAGAGGGUUCAUCAGUCGGUCAGUGGUUCGAGAUGCAGUGAGCCACAGACACCAGAGAACAGACGCACAGCUGCAGGUCAUCUGUAUGAGGCCGUGAGUUCGGGCCGCAGCGCUCUGCCGACGGUGGUUGAUGAUUGGCUGGAUGAGUACAGAAGAGACAGAGAGGCGGGGCUUCUGGAGCUCAUCAACUUUGUCGUUCAGUGCAGCGGCUGUAAAGGUGUUGUAAGCAGAGAAAUGUUCAACAGUCUACAGAAUGCUGAUAUAAUCAGUCAACUGACAAACGAAUUUAACGAGGACUCUGUCAGUUAUCCUCUGGUGUCGGCAGGCUCACAGUCGCGUAUCUUUCGUGAGAGUUUGUGUGAGUUUGUGUCUCUGUUGAUUCGUGGCUGUCGCAACAGUCUGCUGUACGAUGAUUUUCUCUUCGCAUCACUCAUCGCACUGCUCACGGGUCUAGCAGAUUCACAGGUCCGUGCAUUCAGACACACCAGCACGCUCAUCGCCAUGCGAUUGAUGUCGUCUAUAGUGACAGUCGCUGCAGAAGUGAACGCUCAAGCCCUGAUGACUCGGAGACGCUGUGACCUGGAGAAGAACAAACGAGCCGAACACCGAGCCAUAGAGAGAGUAGAAGAACUAGAGAACACUUACAGACAGCUGUUGGAGCAUCAGGAGGACUUGCGCUCUCUAAUGAAUGGAGUCUUUAAGGGGGUUUUUGUUCAUCGAUAUCGUGACAGAGUUCCAGAAAUCCGUGCAGUCUGCAUGGAGGAGAUGGGUGUGUGGCUCCGAGAAAAUCCCGCGUGUUUCCUCAAUGACGAACAUCUCAAAUAUGUAGGCUGGAUGCUGCAUGACAAGCAAGCGGCUGUGCGUUUGCAGUGUGUGUUGACUAUGCAGAAAUUAUACGAAGAGAAAGAUUUUAUCGGCCGAUUAGAGCUCUUCACCAACCGCUUUAAGCAACGGAUUCUCAGCAUGAUUCUGGAUAAAGACUCGGAUGUCGCUGUAGAGACUGUGAAGCUGUUAUUGAUCAUUCAACAGAAGACAGAUGAUGGUCUGACUGAGGAAGAGUGUGCUGGUGUGUUUCCGCUGGUGUUUGCCACACACAGAGGACUCGCCUGUGCAGCCGGACACUUUCUGUACCACAUGCUGUGCAGUGUGUUAGACGGGGAGUCAGACAAACGCAGUGUUUCCUUCCUCAGUUUACUCACACGCUUCUUCAUUGAGAGCAAGUAUCAUGAACAUGCAGCGUAUCUGGUCGACAGUCUAUGGGAUGUUGCGGGGGCGGAGCUAAAAGACUGGGAAGUGAUGACAUCACUGUUGCUGCAGGAAGGAGGUGUGGAGGAGGGGCUGGAAAGUGCUUUGAUUGACAUUAUGAUGUGUGCAGUGAGACAGGCUGCAGAGGCCACGCCCCCCACAACCCGUUCACAGAAGAAGAAUCUGACUAUGAAGGAAAAGCGUCUUCAGGCACAAGAGAGGAGACGCAUCACAAAUCAUUUCAUCCCUGUGUUGCCACAGUUACUGGCUAAAUUUUCAGCAGAUGCUGUGAAGUUGAGCUGUUUGCUCAAAGCGCCACUGUAUUUUCAGCUGGAAGUGUUCAGCACGUCAGGACGCAUGGAGAAAUGUCUGGACCUGUUGUUGUCUCAGUUGUGUGAUAUUGUACUGAAGCACACCGAGGAGUGUGUGUUAGAGGCGUGUGUGCGUGUGUUGUGUAUGUUGUGUUGUGACUCUUAUACUUUCUCUGGUCGUGUUGAAAGAGCCAUCAGUCAAUUACUGGAUUCUACAGUGGAGAAAUUUACCACAAACCUCACUGAAAUACUGCAGGAUUCAGCUGAUGAAGAUGAUCUGUACAGAGCUGCUUCCUCUCUCAACAUUCUAGCAGUCUUCAGCAGUGCCAGAGAUAUGACUGGAAGGAAUCUGUUUGAGUUCUGUUUCCAGCUGCUGAAAAUGGGAGUCGAGUCAAGAGAAAUCGACCAGAAGCUGAUGGUUCCAGCUCUUAAAUGUGCAGUUUUCCAUCUGUUUUGGGAAGGAAAGAAGAUCACACAACACACUCAAACAAACAGGGCUGAUUUGAAGCGGCUGAUGAAGUUUCUUCACUCUUUGUGUGUUGUGUGUCAGAGCUGUCUGUCUGUACCUCAGAGUCACAUCAGAAACCAGGCGUUUGUGUGUUUGUGUGAUGUGCUGCUUGUGUUUGGCCGUUUGUGUGAAGGAGAUGGAUCUCCACUGCAGUGUUUCAGUCCUGAUGAGUCUCUCAAAGCAGAAAUGGCAUCUUUCCUCAUCGACUACGUCUUUGCUGACGAUGACCUCUCUGGUGAGGAAGAGUGUGAGGAGAUGAAGAUGGCUGCUCUGCUACAGAAGAGGGGUCAGUUAGCUGGUUACUGUAAACUCAUUAUAUAUGGAGUUCUGGAGCUAACCGCUGCUACAGACAUACUCAAAUACUACAACAAGUUUUACAGGGAUUAUGGUGACAUCAUCAAAGAAACCCUCAGCAAAUCCAAGAUAAUCAGUUCAGUGGGGAGCGCCAAGACUGUGUGUUUGUGUCUGCAGCAGCUCUUCUCUGGGUUGAAUCAAGACUGUCGUGAUGAGGAAAUGACAGAGAUCAGACUUCUAGCAAAGAAACUGGCAAUGAACUUCAGCAUCAACCUGCGACUCAUCCGCAAACCUCUGCUGGCGUUACACCAGGACGGCAUUCGUUUUGCGAGUCAAGGACUUCAGAAUUUGACUUUUCUGGAGAUUCUCAGUGAAUUCAGCUUCAAACUUCUGCCACCAGAACGCAAACAGCUCUUGGCAUUUGUGCAGCAUGUGUGUGCUGGUGUUAGAGACAGUGAGUUUGUGAGGAUGUAUGAACGAUCUCUAACUUCAGGAUCCAGAAAAACUCCAGCAGAACCAGCCACUGCAUCAUCACCUGAAACACACCAGACCAAACGCAGACGCACAGACGGUUUGAUCAGUCGUGUGGAAACUCCUGUGUUUACAGCUGUGACAUCACACACACACCACCACGACACGGAUGAUGACUUCACAGAGGGGUCUGUACUGAGGAAGGGCGACACUCGUAGCAGACGGCAGUCGAGUCCAUCUGCUCAGAGCAUCCAAUCACAUCUCAGCACGCUGUCUCUCAUUGAAGAUGGUUCAGAUGAGGAAGAUCCAGUGAUUGAGGAUUAUGAUGAUGAAGACUCUGAGACUGGUAUCACUCUGCCCUCGACUCGUGACUCUGGAAGCUUCCUGGAGGAUCUGUUUGAAUGAAUCCAGUACGAGUGACACACUGAAGUUCUUGGACACUAUGGGAUUUUAUGAUAUCUAUUUGUUGUUUGAAAGAGUCAUGUAAAACCAUUGUUUGGUUUUGUUGUUUUUACUCCACGUUCCUGCAGCGGAUUCUGAUUGGUUCACACAAAAAGAGCAUGUCAGGUGCAUGAGAAGUAAAAGAAGAAAAAACUUGUUUACUUUCAUGAUGGUUCAAUAAGACUGAUGUUGUUUACAGUCUGUUAAAAUUACAGGUUUAAUAGGAGCCCUGUUUAAAUAAACACAAUUAUCUUUGCCAAUUCUUUUCUAAAAGUUUGGAGAAUUUUAUAAUUAAGUGUCUUGAGUAUUUACUGGUGAAUUUUUCUGUUGGAU